AGCGUGUUUGAUACAUUUCGACUUAGCUACAAGUAGUGGCUUGCUAAGAAUUUUAUAAAAAGUUCUUAAUUCAUAUUUUAUAUUGUGAGUUUGUGUCGGCAUAGACCGCGACGAAUCAAUCGAAUAAAACACUGAUAUUGUAUAGCCGUUAGCCGUUUACGAUAAAUUGAACGUUGAGAGUAAGGUAAAUUUCCAGUAACAUGGCAACAAGUCCAAAGCCCGUCAAGAAGGUUCCCAUCCACCUGCAGAGCUCUCAAAACCGCAUCUACAUCAAGAAUGGGCACAUUGUUAAUCACGACAAGUCAUUUAAGGCCGAUAUUUAUAUUGAAGAUGGCAUAAUCAAAUUUGUGGGUCCCGCCUCUGAGAUUGUUGUGCCCGGUGGUGUGCGUAUAGUGGAUGCUUCCAACAAGUUGGUGUUACCAGGUGGCAUAGAUCCACAUACUCACAUGCAGUUGAAGUUUGGCGGUUGUGUGGCUGUGGAUGAUUUCUAUCAUGGCACCAAAGCAGCUGUAGCUGGCGGUACCACCACCAUCAUCGACUUCGUGCUGCCUAACAAGGGCGAAUCACUUGUUGAAGCCUACGACAAAUGGCGCGCCUGGGCUGAUCCAAAAGUCUGCUGUGAUUAUGCUCUUCAUGUAGGCAUCACCUGGUGGUCCAAAUCUGUGUCGGAGGAAAUGAAAAUUAUGUGUGAAGAGUUGGGUGUCAACUCCUUUAAAGUAUUCAUGGCCUACAAGGGCCUCUAUCAAUUAAACGAUUCCGAGUUAUUGGAUGUUUUUGAGCGCAUACGUUCCCUAAAUGGUGUUGCGCAGGUGCAUGCCGAGAAUGGUGAUGUUAUCGCAAAGAAUGUGCAGAAAUUGUUAGCUGCCGGCGUAACUGGCCCAGAGGGUCAUGAGCUAUCACGACAAGAGGAGGUGGAGGCUGAGGCAGUGAAUCGUGCCUGUAUUCUGGCACAUCAGACCGAUUGUCCAUUGUAUGUAGUGCAUAUCAUGAGUAAAUCGGCAGGCGUUGAGUUGGCCCGUGCACGCAGACGUUACCAGAAUCGGGGUAUUUAUGGCGAAACUCUGGCUGCGGCGCUCGGCACCGAUGGUGGAAACUACUGGCAUGAAUGUUUCCAACACGCGGCGGCACAUGUGCUUAGUCCACCGCUACGCCCCGAUCCAACAACACCUGAAUUUUUGAUGAAACUUCUGUCGCAUGAUGAUCUGCAGACAACCGGCAGCGACAACUGCACUUUCAAUAAGGAGCAUAAAGAGCUGGGCAAAGGCAAUUUCACCAAGAUUCCCAAUGGGGUGAAUGGCGUCGAGGAUCGCAUGUCCAUCGUUUGGCAGAAGGGUGUACAUGCUGGUCUAUUGGAUCCAUGCCGUUUCGUCGCCAUCACCAGCACCAAUGCCGCCAAAAUAUUCAAUCUUUAUCCACAAAAGGGACGCAUUGAUGUGGGCUGUGAUGCAGAUAUCGUAAUCUGGAAUCCAAAUGCAACACGCACUAUUUCCAAGGAGACACAUCAUCAUGCAUGCGAUUUUAACAUUUUCGAGGGUAUGGUGUGCCAUGGUGUGCCUGAGAUUGUAUUGGUACGUGGACGUAUUUGCGUCGAGGAUGGUGCUGUGCGCGUAGCUGAGGGUUAUGGCCGAUUCAUCAAUACACCAACACGUCCGCCACACGUCUACGAUGUGCUCGAGGGUGUAGUACCGUUAAAUGAGGAGCAUAACGGUGAAGAUCAUGAGGAGCAGCUGAAUGGCGGCUUGAAGAAGUUGAAUUUGGGCGCAUUGGAAAUCGAAAUACCCUACCAAGAGCCAAUUUCACGCACACUCUUGGCAUCCAUGCCUGGUGCGAAUGAGUCGUUAGCUAGCACACCGUCGGGUCGUGGACGCGUCGAAGGUACGCGCAACAUGCAAGAAUCAACGUUUUCCGUUAGCGAAGAGCUGGAUAAAUCAUGCGCUCGUUCGUGCAUUCGUGUUAGAAAUCCACCAGGGGGUAAAUCCUCUGGUUUCUGGUAAACUAGCACAACAUCUACUCUCAGUCAUCAUCACACACCAACUAGCACCAAAUCGCACAAUUCGUUACAAACAUACAUACGUACAUGUUAGAGAUUUGAGUGAGCCAUAACGGCGGCAUGCAAGUGAAUUGCUUUGCAUGCAUGUGGAUGGAUUUAGCAAUAGUUAGCGAACAACAACAAAUCCACAAUUAAAGUAACGUAAAUCAAAUGUAUGGAAUGAUAAGCUACUGAACCAAAUUUCUGUUCUACGAGUAAAAAAGCAUUAACGAAUAGUAAAUGAAGAUUAUGAAUAUUUAAAUUUAAUUAUACAACAGUUAAAUUCAUAUACCCGUACAUACAUACAUACAUACAUUCGCAUGCACGAGUAUGUAUGUGUGUACUACGUGUACUUGUAUGUAGCCACUAAAGUGUAAAGUGCAUAGAGAAUCAUAAAAUAAUUGUAUUGUAUUGUAAUAUCUGCUUAUUUGUGCAAUCAUAAAUAUUUUACGUAUUAGCUUAAAAAUUGUUUUGUUUUUGAACUACGUGCAUAUGAAUUUAUAUAUUUGUUUUUAUAAUACAUACAUAAACGUAUAACACAUUUAUAUUGUAAUUAAACAACAACAAAAACUGAAUUUAUAAUUAAUUUCGCCUUCUCACGCCUUCACUUACCCUGCACACGCACUCAUUUUCGCACGUGAAAUGGUUUUAGAAGUGCGUGAGCACACAUUUUCCUAAGUGACUUAAAACCAAUUUCUUUCUUUACUUUAGAUACCUACAUUUAUACUCUUACAAACAAAAAAGCGAUUAUUUGUAGAUCGUAUAUUUGAAAUACUAGAUUAAAUUUGUAAGACGAUUUCUACCUAAUUUUUAUUCAUAUUGAAAUAAUGAAUAUACAAAUUAACAUUUAAUAAAUCAUCAUCGUUGUAUGCUACAAAAAA